GUCACUUUGCUGUAAUUUUGCUGCCUAAUCGACAAUGUUUCAGCUGGCACAGCGCAGCGGCAAGGCGCCGGUUUUAAUUAUGCGCUUCCCAGGCUCCACCGACACAACAAUUCUGCUGCCUGUGCGGAGGAACUAUACCCAGACGGAGGUCGAUCGCAUGCAGCAGAGGCUGGACACGGGCAAGCUGCAAUCCAACAAGAAGACCUCCAAAAAGAAUCGAAAGAAUGACGAGAAGGACGAGGAUGAGACGCGUCGAAAGGUGCCCAAGAAGAUCAUCUCCACUCUGAUCAAGUCGCAUCAAGCGCCCAGGCUCUGCCUCAUAGAUGUUUACAUGGUGAUCGCAGGCGUUACCCAACCAAUUCGUGUUUAAAUUGUCACAGA